AUGGUCUCAAUAUGUCCGAAUUGCAAAGGUUUGCAGAAUCGACUCGGGGCGUCUGAUCUCGGCCAUGGUCAUGCGCCACAGCGGACGCAAUGGUUAAGCACCACACUACCAGAUUUAGAGCUCUCCGCAAAUGAAGGAUGUCGCGCGUGUUCUCUAUUGCUACAAGGCAUCCUGCUGCAUCAUCAUCGCUUCGCUGGCGCGAAACAGGGGGAUGUCAAAAUCAAAGCCGAAUCAUUCAAUGACUCUAAUGCUCAACGUCAUCUUUCAGUAGAGUUGCGCUGGGUCCAACCUGAUUUUGAUAUCCCGGACCAACACGAAAUGAAUGGUGAUGAUGACAGCGAAGCUCACCCGGACCUUAAACUGGAAUUUUUUGUGGAUGUUUCUACUCCAUCUCCCUUUCCUGCAAUAGGCACUGGACGUCAUUUAACCAACGAUUCACUGCAAAAUACAGGCAUAUCAACAAUACGUGGCUUGAUACAAAACUGUGUUGCCCACCACUCUAGUUGUCAACAGAAUGCAUCGACUGCUCUUCCUACGAGACUACUGGAUGUUUUGUCUGGCGAUGACCCAGAUGGAGUCCGACUAUGUCUCAUCGAAUCCAAUGGGUCAGAUCAGUCCUAUGAAGUGGGAGAAUAUUGCACACUAUCAUAUUGCUAUGGGACAGGUACCAAGAUACCCAGGACAACUACGAAAACAUUGCAAGCCUACCAAAAGAACAUACCGUGGAUAGUUUUGCCAAGGACCUUCCAACAAGCCAUCACACUCACGCGAGAUUUGGGAGUCCGGUGGCUCUGGAUAGAUGCUCUUUGCAUCGUGCAAGACGAUGUCACCGACAGAGACAGGGAGAUUCAAAACCUAGACACUAUCUUCGGAAAUUCGUUCCUCACGAUGGCAGCCACCUCCGCUUCCGAUAGUGAUCAUGGACUGUUCCGUUCAAAGAUAACCACAGACAAAUUACCAGUCACGGACAAUACAGGUUGGGUUUCGGAUGUUUACGUACGGGAACAGCCGACACACUACAGCUUCAAAGCUUCGUUCGAUGAGGAGGCACAUAUGAAUGACUGGGAACUUCCCUUCAACACUUCGCCGGAUGUCAAUCUACACACUCCUCUCCUCACCCGGGCAUGGGCGUAUGCCGAAAGCCUCCUUGCGCGCAGGGUACUGCAUUUCACUGACAGCGAACUGAUAUUGGAGUGCAGGGAAGGAUACCAAUGUGAGUGCGAAAGGAUCGACAAUUCUUUGUACGACUCGAGAGCCACGAACACGGUAAAGCAGGAACUGUCUCGCAUGUUAUCCGAGGCCGUUAGCGAAAGCGAUCUAUCGACUAGUAGUGAAACCCUUCGAGACGAUAGAGCAGACUCACUUGUCUCAAAAUUUGCCGCGACAUCUAUCAACGGGCCCACUGAAGCACUUUUCCAAGCCCGAGAUGAUGCGUUGCAGCUCUGGAGUUAUAUUGUCACCGAACACACUGCCAGGAAACUUACACAUGAAGAGGACAGAUUAUCUUCGAUAGUUGGAGUAGCGAAAGUACUCAACAGGAUCAUUCAAUCCGGUUACGUCGCUGGCCACUACACGUACAGCACCCUUGGCCUUCUCUGGUAUCCCAAUGACGGCAAUAUCUGCCAUCGCCCUGAUAAUAGUGUACCCAGCUGGUCUUGGGCAUCAAUAGAGGGUUCCCCGAUCUUCUUUGAUAAUGCAACGGCUAUGGAUCUCGCUUGCACUGCCAGCUUCUCGGCCAAGGAUGGUGGCAGACAUGCUUGGUCGCCUACAAGGGGAGGAGCGGUUACCAUUGCUGCAGCGAUGGCGACCGAGGCUGAGCUCCGCAUCGAUGCCACAAAUGAAUACUCGCUUGUUAAGAAUUCAGUCAGUGUGGAAUUCAGACCGGACACGGCACCUACGCAUGGGCAUCAUGACAUCAAGUCUGGAGAUGCACUUGUCUGUGUGCUAGUUAGCAUGACUUUCCGAUCAUCUAUCAUUGGCUUGGUGCUCAAGCGAUCGAAGUCCGAGCCGGAGAAGUAUCGUCGAGUUGGCCGCUUUGAAUGCUAUGAUUGUCAAAAGGAUGGCACGGAUGACGAUCCGGAAGACGCCGAGUCACUUUUCGGCUAUUGGUUUCCUGAGAUUGAGGAUAUGACGAAACUCGAUGAUGGCCCACGACAGACAUAUAUUGUCAUUUAG